AUGGAAUUACCGAAAUUGGAUGGUCCUUCGACCCCUUUGGUCUCAAUACAUGACCAAAUCGCUGUCAACAUACCUCCUGUUGACGUGGAUUUUGACAAUAGUCACGCUUCUGAUAUUCCGGAGGAAUUAAAACCCUUCAUACCUGAAGGUCCCUUACUUUCAACGGAUUCGAAGUUAUCAAACAAACAGCACAGACAAUUACGGAGACAUAAAAAACGUCAUGAUGGCGAAGUUAAACAGAAAAGCAUACGUUUAGCACGACAACAUCAAGCCAAAUGGCUCGGCACUUCCCUCAACAAAUUAGAAGAACGUCAGGGUUUAACUAACGACCUCACUAAAUUUCAUGACAUUUAUCACACACGCAUGACCUCGUUCACCAACAAACGCAAAAAGAUCAAAGACCCUGCCAAAUUAGCCAAAUUGGAAUCGGCAUAUGAAGAAUUCGUAUCGGAAUUCUCUUUUUCGACAUUCAUCAACCCCAAUCUUACCUCAAUAUCGCUAUAA